AAUACCUGGUCUAUUUUUAUCUCACAGUCGCCCCGCAGUAUUGUCAAAUCAUUUAAAAGUAUUGGAGUGUGCGCGCUCUGAUCAAUGAGACCAGAGCCUCUCCGUGCCACAGUCAAACUGAUUAAAGGACACACGACUGCAAUAGUCUGGCUCUCUUAAACCAACCAGGAAUGUCGUUCCCGUUUAGAAAUAAAACCCCCAAACAGCCCUAAAGGCCGCGUUGCCUAAUUGGGUGAAGGGUUGCGGAAAAUCUGUCUGAUUAGCCCUCUCCAACAGACGGGGAUUAAGCUUUUAGGUUGUAAUUAUUAUGAAGCAUACGUCAGCAGAUAUCCACCCAUUUCACACGGACAGUGGAGCGGAGGGAUGUCCUGCUAGAUGACUCUGCUCUCUGCGAGGCCAGGUCAGUCGCGGGGACCCAGGAAUAGGAGCAGGAACAGGAAUAUCCUCCUGAGUCAGUGCCACGACGCUGACACACACCACGCUCCCCGGCUGGGCUGCCUCUGCUCCGAUAAUAAGCAUCCUAUGCUAUUCUGCUCAAGAUGGCGGUGCAGGCAGCGGAGAAGGACGGAAUAGUGUUGAAGACCGUAGAAGAUGACAACCUGAACGACUCGCUGGGGAACCCCGGCCUCAUCUCACCUGACAAGGAGGAUCUAUCACGUCUCCUGACUGUGCCGUUCAGCGGGCGCAUCCGGGGCGGCAUGCGGCCAGGGAAGAAGAUCAUAGUGAUGGGCAUUGUCGAUCUGGAGCCGGAAAGUUUUGACGUCAGCCUGACCUGCGGCCGCGAUUCGGAGAAGGAGGAGCUUCCGUAUGACGUGGCCCUGAAGCUCACCGCUCGCUUCAACGACCGCCAGUUUCUGCGCAAUGCCCGCAUCUCUGGCAAGUGGACAGAGGAGGAGGCAUCCACCGCCUACUUCCCCUUCAUCCCCGACCAGCCUUUUAGGAUUGAGAUCCACUGCGAGCAUCAGAGGUUCCGGAUAUUCGUGGACGGACACCAGCUCUUUGACUUUUAUCACAAAGUAAAAUCUUUGCCCUCUAUCGACACAGUACGGAUAGAAGGAGACCUACAGAUCACCAAGCUAGGUUAACCUCCCCGAAUCUUCCCCUUCUGCAAGUCGUGUGUGAAGCAAGGACUUGAUGACAGAUGACCACACACACACACAGACACACACACACACGCAUACACACACAAACGUGCACUUGUUACGUCAACAUCCAUGACCCAUCAACACUGCUGAAACAUAGCAACUGGAAAAAGAAAAGAGAGUCCGUCAGUGACAUGUUAGAGUAUCUCCGCUUCACUUAUUUCCUCUUCCUAUUGUUUGACCAGGAUCUGAUAUGAUGUUUGUUUGUGGGUGAAUGUGCUCCAUUUUUUUUUUUUUUUCACUGUAGCCCCACUUUUGUCAGAUCAGGGAUCAUUAUUUCUUUAUGUUGAGUUCUGUGGGGACCCAGAUGCAGAGAAGCAGGUGUUUCUGGUUCUGUUAAGUCAAGAAACUAAUAAUAGUUAGUCAGGCAAAAUAAUAUAAUGGCUGAUAUGAAAACAAACUGUCGCUAAUGAUUGGAGAAAUAAAAAAAAUCAUUGACCGAUUCAGUUCUUUAAGUGAAACUAAACGGUCAGUACAGUGCAUUGUUAAGCGUGUAAAGAUGUUGUUAAAUAGUUUGGAUAAACUGGAAAAUUCAUCUCAAUUGGGCUAAAAGAGGCUUUUCACCUGACAACUGUGACAAAUGUGCCGUAGAAUUCUCCAGCUGAACCGAGCAGUGUUUGAGCCUUUAUCAAUUCGCAUACAAAACACUGCUUGUUCUUCACGCAUUUUAAUUAAACAGCUCAGCCCACGACGUACACAUCUAUUAUGUGCGGACCUUGUCCCAGAUCUAUCUGACAAAGAAAAGUGUCACCCCUUCCUCUACUAUAUAUUAUAUUAGGGAAUACUAUUUUCAGUGACCUUUUAUUCUCAUCCACAAAUCUUUGCAACUUUAUUCAAGCUAAACGUUCUUUCUGGAGAAGUUUAGACAAUACUCACUACACUCACACGCAGGUGACACUGUACACCAUCUAAAUCAAAAUGCUUCUCAACUCUACUUGCGGCCUCUCAUUUCUUGUGGAGAAAAUCCUGCAACACAAAUGUUGUGGACCAGAAGAGUUCAUUGCAAAAACCUAAUAGGAUUCAGACCAAGUCUUCUAUCUGUUACAGUGAUAUGUCAUUAGCUUUUACUCAGUACUUAACGCAGAUUACUGGAAUAUUUUUUUGUACUGAGGUACCUCCAACUCCAGCGGCGCUCCCCGUCCUCUCCCUUGGGUUUGCUCCAGUUGUCAUGGUUACGUGCUGCAACCUCACCGACCUAAAUACCCAGAAACGAGGAUUAAAUCCUGACGAGAUGCAGCGUGCCGCGGUGCAGACUGUGUGUGUCGGUAGUUGGCACUUGUUUCUAGCGUGUUCUCUGCAGCCGUUCUCCUGGAGGGGGAGAACACAGUUGAGAAAUGGCUUUUAAUCCACUUUUUUUUAGUUCAUGCAAACCUCAUUAGUAAUGUACGCUGACACAAUAUGCAAGUUGUACUCUUGAGAAAAAACACUCUUCAGCUCAUAUUUAGAAGAAAGUCUUGUGAUUACAUUAAAAUCCACAACCUUUAUCACCUUCA